AUGAGUGCAACGACUGAAACUUCGUCUACAGCGCCCUCGAUGAGGAACAAGGACGGCAUCCCAGCAUGGGGAGGUGAUGCCGGGACAUUCACCCUCUACGAGGAAACUGCUCUCCUUUGGGAGCAGUCGCUGACGUGGGAGAAGAGGUACACGGCUGGCCCGAAGCUGGUCCAGGAGCUCACCGGUGCCGCCAAGCGCUAUGUUACCGGACAACCGCCAGGAUGGGUGGCCUUCAGGGGCGGCGUUGCCGUUCUGAUGAACCACCUCAGGCAGGCCUUAGGCAAGCCUCGGGUGAACGAGGUGACGGACCUGCUGGCCUUGUACUUCAAAGGGACAAGGAGAAGGAGCGGCGAAAGUAUGAACGAGUACGUCACCCGUAAGAAUGAGGCGUACAUGCGGGCUUGCCAAGCAAUGAGGCGGGUGCAACCUCAUUACGAAGCUGGCCAAGCGAGCUCCACGAGCUAUUCCUGGUGGCCCUCGAGACGGAGCAGUAUGGACUACCAGUCUCAGGCUGGGACUUGGAGCCGUCAGUGGACACCCGCCACUGAGGAAGGCCCUACCACAGCGACGGAGGAAACCACCACGCAGGAUGGCUCAACGCGGCCUACGGAGGAUGCGGCCUGGGAAGAGUAUGAUCCCUGGCGCCAUGCUUGGCGUCCCUAUUCCGGGAGCGGAGGCUCAGGCUGGGGAUGGAACUCCUCGUGGUAUGGAUCCGAGGGGAACUGGAACUGGUCAGAGACUUCGUCGACUACUACUUCGGGUACCGGCCUGCCAAAGGCCGGCGAACUCCUUCCCACCUUUAUCCAAGGGUGGUACCUGCUCAUGGAUGCAGGCCUGGACCACGGAGAGCGAAAUCUGGUGGUCACGGCUCUGGGCGGGAACUUUGCGCCGGAGAAGGUGGGACAGGAACUGAGGAAUCAGUUCCCCGAAGGCGAGACAAAGCGACGGGACAGCCGACGCUUCCAGAGCUACAUGGGUGAGGCUGAAGAAUGGAACGAAGAUGAUGGCGACACCACAGGUGGCGGCUACACCCGGGAUGAGCUCGAGGCGGAGGGCUACGACGAGAGCGAGAUUGCCCUCAUUGCGGAUGCAGAAGAUCAAGCUCAGGAGGCUCUGGCAGCGAUGCAGGAUGCCAGACGGACGCUCAAGGAGGCCAGAUACAAACAAAAGGUCGUGAAGCAGAGCCGGAAAUACUUUCGCGGCGGUGGCGGCCGAGGACCCUCGUCUUCCAAUGGGAGGGUGUGGACAAAUUGGGCAUCGGGCCGCCAAUUGUCCGAACAAGCCCAUGGUGGCCAGCCAGCUGCCGGAACACAGCAGGCACCUUUCGUGUGCCUGGCCGAAGCCAGCGAGGAUGUGAUCCAGGAGUCCAGCGACAUCCAGGACUCUGCCGCCUUCGCACAGUCGGCCCUCAGCGCGGACGCCCGCACCAGCUUGCUCUCAACCCAGGAGGCCGUUCGCAAGGGCAUGUGUGUGAUAGAUGGCGGGGCUACUCAGACGAUUGGAAGUGUUGCUGCUGUAGAGGCGGUGCUAGACCAGAAUAGGAAGCUUCAUGGAGCCACCCGCCUCAAAGGCAUCAAUGCUACCAAUCCUCCGACUUUUUCCUUUGGGAAUAGCACGGAGAACCGUUGCUGUUCCACUGCGAGACUUGAGGUCUCGGCCAACGGCCAGCGUGGAGAGUUGCAGGUCCACACGCUGGACCAAGGGCAAAGCCCGAUUUUGAUGAGUGUAGAGACGUUGAGGCGGUUGGGCGCAGUCAUAGAUUUUAGGGAUGACUUAGCGGUGUUUUGGGCCCUGGACGAUAGGAAGGUGCUGCGGCUCACUCGCGGCCAGUCCGGACACCAAUUGUUGUCUCUGACCCAGGACUGGAUGUCUCAGGCCGAAUCUGCCUCACAAGCUGUUCCCGGGGAGAGCCAGUGCGAAGUGAUGAGUCAGAGCCGGAAGUGUGUCGUGAAGCACGUGUACCAGACAACCGAGAUGGCAGCAAUCCCGGCUCACAACCUAGUGCCCCCUGCGUACCCACUUGUGAUCCCCGCCAUGGACAACAUGACCAAGGCGGACCUUGUGCUGCGGCUCAAGAGCCACGGCGAGGAACCACCCGAGGAGUGGACCAAGAUCGAACUCAAGCAACGGAUCCAGGAUCUGAUCCAGAGCGGCGAGAUGACGGAGAUCAAGAAUGUCAAGGAGAAGACGCCCAUGCAGACGGCCGUGACGGAGCUCAACAAGCACAGCCGACGCAAGGCCGAGCUGAUCCAGUACGCGAUGGCGGCCAUCCUCAGCAGCACCAAGCCCACCGGCGCGGACCUGAUGGGGUUUGGGAAGUUCUCGGCCCGAACCUACCAAAGCGUGCUGGAAGAGGAGCCCAAGUAUGUGGAGUGGGCCCGCCAGACCGAGAAGGAGGGGGACUGCUCCAUCUACCUCAGCCGCUUCAUCCGCUGGGUGAAGAACCAUGCCGAGGAGGAAAUGGCCGAACGGAACCGGGCGAUGGCCAAAGCGAAGGAGCAACUACGGGCGUCACCAAAGAAGGGCUAUGCGGCGGCAAAGGGUGCAGCUGCAGCGCCGUCCGGCGCCGCAAGCAGCUCGGAUGUGAACCUCGAUGCGGUGGCCAACUUGACCAACCUCGUGGCCCACUUGGUCCAGGAGGUGCAGACCUUGAAGGAGGAGCGCAGCGAGAAGCCGAGGAAGCAGUUUGCCAAGGACGUGGAGAUGCCGAAUCCGAAGGAACAGGCACACCUGGAGGAGUGUGGCAGCUGCAUGGUUCAGAGGGCCCAGACAGAAGAGACCGGAGAGGGUUACAUGAGUGAACUGGUCCGUGAACUCCUUACCGAGCACCCGCUUCAAAACACUGGCCCACGUCAGGCUCCGAAUGCCCAACAUUGUUUACACUACCUCCAGGAAGGUUGGGUUCAGUACUUCGGUUACCCCAAGUGCUUGCGAUUGGACCCCGCGGGUGCUUUCCGGAGUCAAGCUGUAGAGGAUUGGUGUGACCGCCACAGUGUGUUCCUGGACAUUGUGCCCGGUGAGGCACACUGGAAGAUAGGAGCAUGCGAAAACGCCGUCCAUGGCGUCAAGGAGGUGAUGCAAAAGCUGUGCCAGUAUGAUCCCGAGUUGGGCGUGGAACAGGCCUUGUCCGAGGCCACUACAUGCUUUAAUCGCAAGGAGAUCAUACGUGGGUUUUCUCCUGCGCAACAUGUUCUUGGCCAGGCUCCAGACGAGACGGGCAGAUACCUGUCAGCGAGCCAGGGUUUACCCCCAGAUCUACUCUGCGAGAAUAGUCAAGGCGAGUUUGCACGGGCGGCUAAUCUACGAAGUGAGGCCGAAAAAGCUUUGAGCGAGUGGCAAGCUAAGCAGCGCAUCAUGAGGGCCCAGCAUUCAAGGCAUAGGCCAUGCUACGAUUACCAGCCUGGGGAGCUUGUUUUCUACUGGCGGUGCCAAGACGCCAACAAAGGGCGCCGCCAACCUGGCGGCAAACAUGGCCGGUUUUUGGGGCCAGCCAGGAUACUGGCGACGGAAUCCCGUCGCGACGAAUCUGGGAACCUACGCCCCGGAGGGGCAGUGUGGCUGGUGAAAGGCCGUAGCCUGUUGAAGUGCAGUCCAGAACAACUACGACGAGCUUCGGAGCGAGAGGAGUUGCUGGAGGCCAUGGUGUCUCCAGGAGAUCUCAAGGUUCCUUGGACCUACCACAUGGUGGCAGAGCAGAUUGGCGGAAACCGCUACGAGGACAUCUCCGGCGAGACGCCGGACACAUCGGAGUGGGCACGAGCUCAGGUGCCUAUGGACGACGAACCCUUGGACCUCGACCUGGAGGCCGAUCCAGAGCCACAAGGAGACCGCGGGAGGUCUCGUAGUCCACGUGGCAGCGCAAGUGGACCUUCUGGGGCCGAAGCCGCAGCCUGGUACACCGAAGUCAAGGAACAGUCUUGGCCAGAGACUGCGAGUGCCUACUGGUCGGACCAGCAGGCGGCGGUGGCGAUCGAGAUCGCCAUGCCCAACAGCCGUCGAGGUUGCGAACGAGCUUGGAACAACCUGGGGGGCUACUUUGUGGGCAGCAUGCGGCGGCGAGCCGUGGAGUUGUCAGAGAAGCGGAUGACAGCAGAAGACCUGGAGGCCUUCCGAGGAGCGAAGGCGAUCGAAGUCAAGAACUUCAUCGCCUCCCAGGCGUUCGAAGUGUUGCCGGAGCACCUCCGGCCAGACCGCAGCCAGGCUAUUGGAAUGCGAUGGAUCCUGACUUGGAAGUUGCGAGAGGACGGCUCUCGCAAACCAAAGGCGAGGGCAGUAUUGCUAGGCUAUCAAGACGGCGGAUACGAACAUCGUGCUACCACUUCCCCGGUCAUGACGAGGCAGACAAGACAACUUCUGUUGCAGAUGGCCGCAUGGAAAAAGUGGAAGGUCAAGAAGGGGGACGUGACAGGAGCGUUUCUCCAAUCAAGGGCCUACCCCGACAAACUGUAUUGUGUGCCAUGUCCUGAAAUAUGCGAGGCCUUGGGUAUCCCGCCAAACAGCGUGACAAGAGUCCAGAAAGCUUGCUACGGCUUAGUUGAUGCUCCAUUGGAAUGGUACAGGUCAGUUGAUGAGUUCUUGCGGCAACUAGGCUUUGAGCGUCUGUGGUCAGACUCAUGCUGUUGGGCACUGCGAGAAAAAGGGGUUCUGAGAGGAAUCAUCAGUGGUCACGUGGAUGAUUUUCUGUUUGGAGGCCAGGCCGGGGAUGAACUGUGGGAGUCGAAGUUAAGGGCCAUUAAGGAGCAUUUCAAGUGGGGUGACUGGGAGGAAGGGAAGUUCACUCAGUGUGGGGUUGUGAUAGAACAAACGGAGUCAGGGUUCGAGUUGUCUCAACCAAGCUACUUAGAGAACCUGAGCGAGAUAGGAGUGAACGCUUCUAGAAGAAAGAACCCCCAGGAUCCUACGAGCGACCGAGAGAAAUCUCAAUUGCGCGCCUUGCUAGGAGGUUUGAGUUGGCACGCCCAGCAGGUCGCUCCUUACCUCGCGGCCGAAGUAGGGUUGCUCUUAACCGAGGUAACGAAGAGCUGCGUGGACACGAUGAUCCGGGCGAACACGUUGCUCGCCCAUGCGAAGCUCAAGCAGAGCUACAAGAUGAAGAUCCAUGCCCUGCCCUCCGACUCCAAGGUGAUGUUUGUGGCCUGGGUGGACGCUGCAAAUAGCAACCGUAUCGACGGGGGUUCGACCCAGGGCAUCUUCGUGGGAGCAACCACCGAGAACAUCAUGCAGGGCGAUGUGUGUGAUGUGAGUCCUGUGAGUUGGCACUCACAGAAAAUCGACCGGAGCUGCAGGUCGCCUGGCGCAGCAGAGGCUCAGGCGGCAGUGAAUGGAGAGGACCAGCUCUUCUCCACCAGAUUCCAAUGGAGCGAAAUGCUUCAUGGACGGCCUGACUUACACAGGCCGGACGAAACCGUGAAGCUGACAGCCGGAACGGUUGUCACGGACAGCCGUAACGUCUACGACAAGCUAGAGACCGAGGUGAUGGUGAUCAAGGGAGCAGAGAAGAGGACGAGCAUCGAGAUGCUGGCCCUGAAGGAAGCUCAGGCUUGCACGAAUGUGCAGGUGAGAUGGGUGCAUAGUGAAGCCCAACUGGCCAACACGCUCACGAAGAGCGGAGGCCAACGCGAGUACGACCUCUACUACCGUAUGGGUCACAAGUGGCGGUUGGUGGAGGACGAAUCGAUGAUGUCGGCACGGCGGAGGAAGGAACUCGGAUUGCUACCGCUCGAGCAGCCUAGCAAGAGAUCUAAAGUUAAGAGUUGUGAUCAGGGGAGUGAUCAAGCAGCUUUGGAGCCUAAGAGCUCCAUCAAUCUUCUCCAAGAGGAGAGGGGGGCAUGA